UCUCCUCUCCCGUCUUCCCCCCUCCUCCUCCCCCUCAUCGUCGCCUCGUGUGCCGCCUGUUCUUCUUCUUCUUCGCACGAUUCUCCCUGUAAAUUUCCCGGCCGUUUCUCGCACCUCGUGCAUCGUCGUCUGUUGGAGGCCUUGGACGGCAGGGAAAGGAGACCGAUUGGCGGACCGGUAAGGGACGGACGCGGGCCGGAGCGGUGGCCGACGGCCAUUUUUUUUCAUGCGUGGCUCCCUGGAGGUCCACGCGAUUGGCAGAGACGCCGCGUCGCCGUGCGCCCUGAGACUGAAAGCUCUCCCGGCAUUGGACAUGAUGAGGUACCAAAGGCUUAGCCCGGACUGCCUCCCGCUGGCCAACGGCGGCGGCGGAGGAAGCGGCAGCGUGACCCGGAAGCCGGCGUCGAGAUCCUGCAAGGACGACGAUGGCGGCUCAGCCGACGGCUCCCGCCUCGCGCCGUACCUCCCGUCGCCGCAGCUCGAUUCCAAGCCGCUGCGCGCUCGAGCGCCGCAGCUGCCGUCCUCGUCGGCUACCUGGAGCCCGGCGCGCGACCGCGACCGAGACCACGCGCACUACAACCACCACCCGUCGGACUCCUCCGACACGGCCUCGCCGAGCUCGAACGGCGGCGGCGGCGGCGCGGGCACCGGGGGCGACGUGCUGCUGCAGUGGGGGCACAACAAGCGCUCCCGCUGCCGGCGCGACUCCUCCGCGGUCUCCUCAGCCAACGCGGCCCCCUCUUCGCAGCGCCGGCAGACCGCCGCCUCCGCUGUCAAGAUCCAGCGCCGCUCGUCGGCGCCAGCGGAGAAGCUCAUGCCGCUGCCGCCCCCCUCCACUACCGGGUCGUACACGCGCGGCUCCAACCUGAGGUCCGCGUCCUCUUUCUCGACGCGGUCCGCCGCCGCCGGAGAGGCCCAUCCUCACAGGUCCGCGGCGGAGGAGCGAUCGGGUGGCGGCGGGCACAGGCGGUCGCCGGACAAGGCGCACAAGUCCGCCCUGGACGCUGUGCUGCAAAUGGAUUCCAAGAACAACCACCAUCACCACCACCACCACCACGACUCUUUGCUGGCCGCAAACGGCGGCACCGGCGCGGCCGAGAAGCUCGGCGGCGUCGAGCGGUUUGAGCUGCCUCGGAUCUACAUCUCGCUGUCGCGCAAGGAGAAGGAGGACGACUUCUUGGCCAUGAAGGGCACCAAGCUGCCGCAGAGGCCCAAGAAGAGGGCCAAGAACGUGGACAAGACCCUCCAAUAUGUCUUCCCUGGGAUGUGGCUUUCGGACUUGACAAAAGGCCGGUAUGAGGUGCGAGAGAAGAAAUGUGUGAAGAAGAGGCGUAGAGGGCUGAAAGGGAUGGAGAGCAUGGACAGCGACUCGGAGUGACGGCAGAGCGCAAGGUCAAGCGAGGCAAUAAGAUUGGACAGAUGGAGAUUGGGCAAAGCCACAGAAGGAAGGAAGGAAGGCGAGUGUGUUUUUUGUGUACAUGGAGAUGAACAAGAUGAGAUUAGCGAAGAGGAGGAGCCGAGGGGCAGGAGGUGCGCGCUCGCUCUGCCUAUCUCUCUCCUCGAGGCGCCCGGCCCAGCGCGGAAGUGGCUCCCUCGAGACGACGACGAUGGCCCCGGCGGAUUUUUAUUUCGUUUGGGUUUUGUCAGAGCAGGUCACUUGCUUGCACGUCGUCCCAGCGGCGCACAACUACGGCGCCGCGUUUUUUUUUUCUCCCCGCGAGGCCAUUUUGUGGUGUAAUUCUUUGGGUGGGGGGCUCCGGCGGCCGGCCUCGCCUUUCCUGUGAGCUGCCGUUUGGUUGGAAUGGUUACCUGGUGACUCUUGUGCA